UGCGCGGUAGAGCGGCCUGGUCCGGUUGCCAUGGAGACAGCCGCCGUGCUGCGCGUAAAGAGAAAGCGCGGUGGGUCUUUGCCGGCCGAGGCGCUGGUCCUUGCCUGCAAGCGUUUCCGCGGGGAGGCUGGGGCUGCUGCCGAGGCCGCCACCUCCUCCUCCUCUUCGCCCGGAGAGGGCGAGGUGGAGAAGACUCUCUUCAAGUUGGUAGCCACCGUAAACUCGGAGGCUGAACCUGUUGACAAAUACAUACAAGAAGCUUUUACCCAACAGAAAGGAGGCCGGAUCCUGCGACCUGCUCUAGGGAGCGCUCAAAGAAUAAUUCAGGAUCUUCGUUCUUCAAAGCAAGCCAAAAGGCAGGAAAGCCGUUACCGCCUGGUCACUAGCCUCCGUCCAAAUCUCAGUGAUGGAGAAAAUGCUGCUCUCAGAGCAAAUGAGAAAGAAUCUGAUGAAAAGAAACAGUCUUCUAUGUCUGAGAAAGACAAAAAUGGCAGCACCUCAGGCUGCUGUAGAGACUUUCAGUUCUUUGAUAUUAUACAGGAGGAGGGUGUGGAAAACGAUACACCUUCCUCCCAUUUACAGAAAUCAGAUCCAGAUGUGAUUCUCUGCAAUUCUGUAGAGAUGAUUCGUGAACGUUUAACCAUAACUGACAAUGGUAAAGAAGCAGAGGAUUGCUUAAAUAAAGAUGAAUACGUCUAUGAUAUUUACUGUACGGAAACAGCUACUCCUGGGUGGAUCGAGAACAUUCUCUCUGUACAACCUUACACCCAAGACUUUGACUUGAUGGAUGAGGAGCACCUCCCUGAAGAAACCUAUGAAGACGAAGAUGAUGAGAAUAAUGAGAACAACUGGCGUAAUGACUAUCCAGAUGAAGAUGAAUUUCUAGAUGAAGAUGAAGAAUCAGAAAAAAACAGUGGGGACACCAGUGAUGAAGAUUGUGGAUAUAUCAGGCGAUCAUGGGAGAAGUAUGAAUCUGAAGUCCUGCAGGAGUUUGAAUAUGAUGGAGUCAAGGAACUGGAUUCCGAGUAGCUUGCAGAAUCUUUUGUAUUCCUGAGAUUGCU